CGAGAUGGGAGUGAAUGGAGGCUGCUAGAGCUCAGGCAUAGGGGAAGAGGGGAGAGCCUAAGGAAGGGUCGUCUUACAGAUUCCUCACAGCAGCCGGUCCCCACCUCACAAGUAUGAAUAGGGGCAAUAGUUGAGGAUGAAAAAUACCCAGGGCUGCAAGCCAAUGCAGAUUAAUUUGGGAUUUAGCCCCAUGGAGCACAGUGGGUCUCGAGUAUACAUGGGUAGGAUCGGCGUGCACCCUCAUACAUUGGGAAGGAGUCCCCUUCUGUUCAGUGGGCCUUCCUGGUAAGCAUGCAUAGGAUUGAGCUGCCAACCUAAUUUCGUCCCCAUUGCGGGUGGGCCUUUACUUUUUCAUUGCCAAGUUAGUGCUGUACUUCUCUUUUUAGCUAGAUAGGGUAAGUGGCUAUGAGAAAACAGCACCCAUCUUCCUAGGCUUCUCCCUGUCGCCCUUGUUUUAUCACUGGCCAUGGGGAAAAGUGUACUGCCCUUGUAAAUGGAAAUAGUUUGGUUUUUGGUUCAAAUCGUGAAUGGUGAAAAGAAUGUGAGGAAAUGGUGAGAGGCAAGUAGGCAGCUUAUGAAAACCACAGGGCCCACCAUGCAAAUACUGGAAUCCUGUCCUUGAUGAGGAGAAAUCUUAAGUCAUCAGAGGGGGCAGUGGAGUCUCACUCUGAUGAGCUGUUUCCUGAGGCACUGUUGACAGAGGGGGAAGGGGGAACACGAAAACAAUCAGCAGCUGAUGGGCUCUUGGCAGACCCCUCUGAUAACCUGAGAGAGAUUCUCCAAAAUGUGGUCAAAUUACAAGGGGUUUCAAAUAUGAGAAAACUAGGCCACUUGAAUAAUUUUACUAAGCUUCUUUGUAAUGCUGGUCAUUCUGAAGAAAAACUAGGUUUUACUUAUGAAGACAUCAUCAUAUGUUUGCGGUUAGCUUUACUGAAUGAAGCAAAAGAGGUGCGAGCAGCUGGGCUACGAGCCCUUCGAUAUCUUAUCCGAGACUCCAGUAUUCUGCAAAAGGUGUUAAAAUUAAAAGUGGAUUACUUGAUAGCCAGGUGCAUUGACAUACAGCAGAGUAAUGAAGUAGAAAGAACACAAGCCCUUCGUUUAGUCAGAAAGAUGAUCACUGUGAAUGCUUCGUUAUUUCCUAGCUCAGUGACUAAUUCCUUGAUAGCUGUUGGAAAUGAUGGCCUUCAGGAGAGGGACAGGAUGGUUCGAGCAUGUAUUGCUAUUAUCUGUGAACUAGCAAUUCAGAAUCCAGAAGUAGUUGCUCUUCGAGGUGGUCUAAGUACCAUUUUGAAAAAUGUGAUUGAUUGUCAGUUAAGCCGUAUAAAUGAAGCUCUCAUAACAACCGUCUUACAUCUUCUCAAUCAUCCAAAAACUCGACAGUAUGUGCGAGCAGAUGUAGAAUUAGAGCGGAUUUUAGCUCCAUACACAGAUUUUCACUACAGGCACAAUCCAGAUACUGCAGAAGGACAGCAGAAAGAAGACCGAGAAGCACGGCUCUCUGCUAGUAAAAUGGGAAUUGUGGCAGCAUUUAGAUCAUGGGCAGGCAUUAUUAGUUUAUGCAAGCCUGGGAAUUCUGGGAUCCAAUCUCUUAUUGGAGUGCUGUGCAUACCUAACAUGGAAAUACGGCGAGGACUGCUUGAAGUUCUUUAUGAUAUAUUUCGCCUUCCUCUUCCUAUUGUGACAGAAGAAUUUAUAGAAGCACUUCUCAGUGUAGAUCCAAGCCGAUUUCAAGAUAGUUGGAGACUUUCUGAUGGUUUUGUAGCUGCAGAAGCUAAAGUUAUAUUACCUCAUCGAGCCAGAUCCAGGCCUGACCUCAUGGACAAUUACUUGGCACUGGUUCUCUCUGCUUUCAUUAGAAAUGGACUCUUAGAAGGUCUAGUUGAAGUAAUCACAAGCAGUGAUGACCAUGUAUCCGUCAGAGCAACAAUCUUACUUGGGGAACUUUUGCAUAUGGCAAACACCAUUCUUCCUCAUUGUCACAGCCAUCACUUACACUGCUUACCAACGUUAAUGAAUAUGGCAGCUUCUUUUGACAUUGUAAAGGAGAAAAGACUACGAGCCAGUGCUGCACUAAAUUGCUUAAAACGCUUUCAUGAAAUGAAGAAAAGAGGACCUAAACCUUAUAGCCUUCAUCUAGAUCACAUUGUUCAGAAAGCCAUGUCAACACAUCAGCGAAGGGAUCAGUAUCGUGUGCAGAAAGAUAUAUUUAUUUUAAAGGAUACUGAUGAAGCACUGUUAAUGAAUCUGAGAGACAGCCAAGUUCUUCAUCACAAAGAGAAUCUAGAGUGGAACUGGAAUCUGAUAGGGACCAUACUUAAGUGGCCAAAUAUCAACCUAAAGAUUAACAAAGAUGAACAGUGGAGCAGAUUUAUACGGCGACUGAUGUAUUUUUACAAGCCUAGCAGCAAGUUGUAUGCCAACCUGGAUCUGGACUAUGCAAAAUCCAAGCAGCUCACGGUUGUAGGUUGCCAAUUAACUGAGUUUCUUCUUGAAACUGAAGAGGAAGGAAGACAGGAAGGAAAGAAAGAAGGAAGGCAGGUGCAACAAAAGGAUGGUCAUGGCUACCUUGAAGAGUUUGUAAAAGAUAUUGUACACUGGCUUAAUUCUUCUUCUGGACUGAAACCAGAACGCAGUCUCCAGAACAAUGGGUUACUUAACACUCUUAGUCAGCACUACUUCUUGUUUUUUGGUACACUCUCCUGUCAUCCCCAUGGAGUGAAAAUGCUUGAAAAGUGUAACGUGUUUCAGUGUCUUCUUAAUCUUUGCUCCUUGAAGAACCAGGAUCACUUACUCAAAUUGACAGUUUCUAGUUUGGACUACAGCAGAGAUGGUUUAGCAAGAGUCAUUCUUUCAAAAAUCUUAACUGCAUCUACAGAUAGCUGUAGGCUGUAUGCUACAAAACACUUACGAGUACUGCUGAGAGCCAAUGUAGAGUUCUUCAGUAAUUGGGGAAUUGAAUUACUGGUCACCCAGCUUCAUGACAAAAAUAAAGCCAUUUCAUCUGAAGCACUUGAUAUCCUUGAUGAGGCAUGUGAAGAUAAGGCAAAUCUUCAUGCGCUCAUUCAAAUGAAGCCAGCGCUAUCUCAUCUUGGAGACAAGGGCUUGCUUCUGCUCUUAAGAUUCCUGUCAAUUCCAAAAGGGUUUUCCUAUCUAAAUGAGCGAGGCUACGUUACAAAACAAAUGGAGAAAUGGCAGAAGGAGUACAAUUUAAAAUAUGUUGAGUUGAUAGAAGAGCAACUUAAUGAAGCACUUACCACAUACCGCAAACCUGUUGAUGGUGAUAAUUACGUUCGUCGGAGCAACCAGAGAUUACAGCGGCCACAUGUCUAUUUGCCAGUUCACCUUUAUGGCCAACUGGUACACCACAAAACAGGCUGCCAUUUGUUGGAAGCUCAGAGUAUUGUUCCUGACCUGAGUUAUACUGUUCGUUCCCCCAUGCUGGAUAAAUGGGAAGGGAUUAAACAGCUGAAGGCAGCUCUCUGGGCACUGGGUAAUAUUGGAUCUUCAAAUUGGGGUCUGAAUUUGCUUCAAGAAGAAAAUGUGAUUCCUGAUAUAAUGGCCCUUGCACAGCAUUGUGAAGUCUUGUCUAUUAGAGGGACAUGUGUCUACGUGCUUGGCUUAAUAGCCAAAACGAAACAAGGUUGUGACAUUCUGAAACAUCACAAUUGGGAUGCAGUGAGACACAGCCGUAGGCAGCCUUGGCCAGUAGUCCCUGAUGACAUGGAUCAACUCUGCAAUGAACUCUCCUCCAUUCCUAGCACACUUAGCUUGAACUCUGAAUCUACCAGUUCAAGGCACAACAGCGAAAGCGAAUCUGCGCCAUCAAGCAUGUUUAUUAUGGAAGAUGACAGGGUUGGCAGCACCUCCACUAGCACAUUUUUCCUAGAUAUAUCUGAAGAUGCAGAACAAAAUUUCUACGAUCGAUCUGGGCCCUUGAAAGAUAAGGAUCGCAAUCCCUUCCCCUUUUUCUCUUCCAGCAGACUUGUGAAGAAUCGCAUUUUAAAUUCUUUAACCCUACCUAAUAAAAAACAUAGGAGUAGCAGUGAUCCUAAAAGUGGCAAACUGUCUUCUUCAGAGAACAGGAUGGGUUUGAGACGAAAUCGUACAGUAACUGAGCCUUCCAGCAACAUGGAUUUUACAAGAGGGGAUGACUUUGGCCCUAUAUUCAGGGUGCCUAAAAUCCACACUCUGAAACUAGAAACUCCAUUUGUUGGGAGCAGGCACAGUGAAGAUGCGGAUAGCACUCCAAGUAUUGGGGAAAAUGACCUCAAGCUUCCUAAAAGCCUUGGCCAUGAAAAUCACAGGGAAAACGCCAGCCGAGAAAGGCUAAUAGGAGAAGUUUCUACACAGACUCACUUCAAAAGUCGUAGCCUGAGUUUCAAUACGGAUACCACAACAAGUGGCAUAAGUUCAAUGAGUUCGAGCCCUUCAAGGGAGACUGUGGCAGUGGACACUACAAAUAUAGACACAGACAGUGGGAGUUUAAGUACUGUGGUGAGUACCAAAACAGUUAAAACAAUUCAGUGCUCAACCCCACAGCCUAACCACCUCCCUCUCUCAAAAUCAAAUUCUGUCUCCCUGGUGCCACCAGGGUCCUCACACACCCUUCCUCGGAGAGCGCAGUCACUGAAAGCUCCUUCACUUGCUACGAUUAAAAGCCUGGCUGACUAUAACUUCAGCUACACCAGUUCCCGAGAUGCCUUUGGGUAUGCAACGCUAAGACGCUUGCAACAGCAAAGGAUGCAUCCCUCUUUGUCGCAUUCAGAAGCCCUGGCAUCUCCAGCAAAGGAUGUGCUCUUCACAGAUACAAUUACUAUGAAGUCUGGUAGCCUAGAUUCCCGACUAACACCAAACAGGUUCAUGAGAGCUUUAAGUUAUGCAUCAUCUCUAGAUAAAGAAGAUUUACUAAGCCCUAUUAACCAAAACACACUGCAACGUUCUUCUUCUGUUCGUUCCAUGGUGUCUAAUGCUACCUAUGGUAGCUCGGAUGAUUACAUUGGUCUUGCUCUCCCUGUUGAUAUCAAUGAAAUAUUUCAGGUAAAGGAAACUCCAUAUUUCCAGAAGAAAACUAUGCCUUCCUUUGAUGAGCAGGGCAGUCGACUCUUUGCCCAGGAUGCUGGAGGCAAUUUGUAUGAAAAUAGCAUGCAGGAAAGAAGUGCCCCAGAUUUGCCAUGUGGUUCUACCGAACUUGUAAGAAGUCCCUUCCAGAUGCUUCGUCAGCAAAUUAGUCUUACGGAGAUUAUGAACACGAGCCGUUCAGAUGCUUCUCAGUUUCUAGAAAACAUGGAAGACACUGGCCUCCAAGAGCACACUGAAGAUAAUUGCCUUUAUUGUGUUUGCACACACAUCCUAGGCUUCCAGCAAAAUAACAAAGUGAACGCUUCAUAUAGUCAUACCGAAUUUUCAGACAUUCCUUAUUCUGAUUGGUGUGGAAAGACCAUGCAUAACCACCUGGAUGUAGUUUCCCAUUCCUCAAAGUUUUCUGGGAUUUCAGGAUGUAGCGAUGCUGUAUCUCAUGGCUCAGCAAGUAGCACCAAGAGUACAGAUCUUGUAAUAGGUGUAAAAUCAAUCCCAGAUGAUACCCCCGUAUGCCGCAUACUGCUAAGAAAGGAAGUCUUGCGAUUAGUGAUCAACUUGAGUAGUUCAGUGGGAACUAAAGGUCAUGAAACCGGUCUCUUGACAAUUAAAGAGAAGUUUCCCCAAGCGUUUGAUGACAUAUGCCUUUACUCUGAAGUGUCCUACUUGCUAGCUCACUGCACGUUUCGAUUACCGUCGCGAAGGUUCAUACAAGAACUCUUCCAAGAUGUCCAGUUUUUACAGAUGCAUGAAGAAGCAGAAGCUGUUCUAGCAACACCGGCAAAUCAGCAAACAAUUAACCCAUCAACUGAAUCCUGACCCCUUGUUUUCUGUGGUGUGGUAUAUAUGAAGUUGCUGGUAGCCUUGGAUAACUUCUAUUUGACUGGGCAAAGAAGAGAGAACUAUCAUCUUCUGAUAGAACCAGGAGUUCUGAGUGCAAGUAAUUGGAGCUGCAGAACCUCCCCUCAUUGGAACUUGCUUCCCCAGCUGUCUGAGCCCUGUGGGGAAUUGUUAAAACAAUGAAAGUAACUAUUACCAAGACAUGCAAGAAGAAGCAAACACCGAACACUUGGACAGGUUUUCAUUUCACUUAUUUUUAAAUGCAGCGUCAUAAUAAUAGAGGACAGCGUGCAGGGACAUGUUUUACAUAGUUGACUUUUGGCUUCCGUUUUGGACAGAGAGUGAUGCCUUGUUAACCCUGGAACUUGGAGUCACAGUGUCUUUGGCUGUAUCCCAUUGUCAUCAAUGGAGCAUGCUCUAACCAUGGACAUCAAGGGAUUAAUGAUGCGCUUUCUGUAAUAUUUUUCCUAAUUUUUGUGAAACACUGCUUGGGGAAUCUCUGAUCUCUGCAAGAGAAAGAGAAUUCUCAGUAACUUGCGAUAGUCUUAAGUUAUUGUUACAAUAGCAAACAUUUCUAUUUGUUAGCAGUCUGUUCAGUUUUGUUGCAGUUACAUGUAAUGAUGUGUUAACUGAACCAAUUAAGGAAUUUCACUACAGUUUGAUUUUUAAAAGAACAAAUCACCAACCCCGGAAUCAGAUUUCCCUGUACAUACAAUAAUGCAUGUCAUUUAGUGGAGUUUUCUACAUUAAUGCUCAUCCAAUAUAUAAAUUGGUUGUCUAAAUGUGAACAUUUUAACAAGCAUGAUUUGUGUCAAAUAAGGGUGCAUACUUUAUCAAGACAAACUAGGAAAUAUAUACCUAUUGCUGCUUUGGAUCAGGAAAGAGGCAAAAAAUUAAUUACCACAUUCCAUGGCUUUUAAUUUUCUCCUUACCACUUAGCUUCGAUUAUACACGUGAAAGGUUAAUUGCAGGGUAAUACCGAUAAUUGUUGUGAAAAGCCUUAAACGUGCAAUGUUGAAGUGGUCACUACUUUGCUUUAAUUCAGUGUUCUUUCAGAGAUCUUAUGCACAAAUCAUGUGAUGGUGAUCAUUAUAGGUCAGUUCUCCUCACGCUGUUAGUAAGAUUCCUCAAUUUACAUGAGUGCAGACUUGAAACAGAUACGUGUUGUCCCCACACUGAAAGCCUCCCAUGGAAUCAAAUGAUAUAUGCAAACCUGUACAUAAAACACCCAACCACUUUCAUUACAAAGGCUGCAGUGGAUUGUGGCUACUCUGUAAUUCCUUGUGUAUGAAAAUAGUUCAGCAGGGCUGUACUGGGAAGAAUAUGUCCAUCCGUUUUUACUCCCCUCCUUUAAAAAGAAUUCAAGGUUUCCUGUGUCAAGGUGUAAUUAGCUCAAUUUUGCAUAUCAAUGAGCUAAUAGAUACUUUUGUGAUAGGAUUUUGUUCCAAGAGGCAUGUUAUGUAAUGUUAAGAACAUGUGGAUUUUUUAUUAUAAAAUCCAUUACCUUACCUCCACUGCCACCCCAACAGUGGUAUUGCUCCACAACUGAGGGAAACAUGGUAAACGUGUAAAAACAGAUUGUAAAAGUUAAAGGGGAAACCACCAAUAGGAGUGCUGCCUUCCAGUGGUCUUCUGCCUCAGCAGAAGACUGGGAAGUGCUUACAGCAGGCAUCUUUUGGUCAAGCUUCAUCUUGCAGUUCUUCCUGAACAUCUCUUUUGUCUGGCCUCCUUGCUCUUCCUCUGCUGGGCAAGUUGAAGGAUGAGCAGUUUUUGACCUCUGAAAGUCUUAGAUCUGUGUAGUUUUCUCUUCUCCCAUGUUCACCCUCUUGAAUUUCCCGCUGUCACAACUUUGGCCUAAUCUGGGAUAUGUAUGAAGAUAACAUUGAAUGAAGCAUUGGCAUUACUUGUGAGUAAACUCCCCAACAGCCAGGAAGUAAGUCAGUUGACAGUUUCCUGGAGAAAGGAACUCUGAUAAAGCUAUCUGUUCUCUUCUCCCCCCUCUUGUGUGUCCUGCAAGGAAUCGGAGCCCACAUUUUUCUUGUUCCUCCAAGGGAUGGGCACGGAUGUCCUCCAGUCUCUGUGCACCUGAGAAAAACAGGGAUCUCUCCCUUCUCCUUUCUCCCCACCCUUAAAUCAAAACUCUAAUAACCCCAGUCUCUGAGGUCAACAGGGUAGGACACUAGAGAUUUCAGUAUCUUACAGGAAGAUGUUGCUUCCAACAGGAACACAGAUAAAAGCAGAAUCAAGGGACCCUUUCCAGACUCCCCUGCCCCCAACUGCCCAAGGAAUAAUUCACUGUCUCUUGCAUAUGCAAAGGACUCAAAAGAUUCCUUUGACAAAACCUAGCUUAGUUACCACCUUAAUCAAUUGCCUUCUCACUAGAGGAGGGAUAAAGUCUGAGUGGAUUUAUUAUCAAACAUUCUUUUCUCCCAGUGGAUGUUGGGGCUGCAGCUGUCUCAGGAUCCAGCUCUUGCCCUUGCUGAUGGUAAACCUAAAAAUCCUACAGAUCAUACACUGGGAAAUUUCUUAAGACGGCUAUGGCUUUUAAGCCUUUUGUGGCAAGAUCCUAUUUGCCAAAGCCCUUCUCUUUAGUGCAUGUGACCAGCCUCAUCCCCUCACUCUAAAAGCCUUCCUUUCAUCUUACAAGUAGAACUCUAACAACAGUGGUUUCACCACUUAUAUCGCACUGUCCCCAGAGUAUCCAUUAAGAAAGUACAAAGCAAAACUUCUCAAACCGCAACAAUAACCACCAGUCCGCCUACAAGAAGUGUUUGGCUCAUAUUCUGCUCCCCUUCCAGGACCCAACAUGGGGAAAACGAAGCAGUUUCUGCCAGAAAUUAGGGUUGAGGUGGGGGAUAUUCAGAGGCAGUUGGAUGUUACAGAGAACAUAACAUUUAUUAUAAAAUAAUAAACAUCCCAAGAUUACACUGCUGAUUCAAGACAGGACCCAGCAAGCGUGUCGUGAUCUCUUAUUCCUCCUGGAAGCCUCACAAAAAGGCAGUUGACAGAAAAGGCCAUCCAGCAGCUCAGUCAGUCACAAGCCAUAGAUUAGGUGCCUGACAUCCUCUUCUAUUGUAUUCCUUGUUUCCAAAAAUGAUGGGGGGGGGAAGGAGUUAUUAGCAUUUUAUCUUUACUUUGAUGUCCUCCUUAUCAGAACACCCUUUCUGGAGAAAUCACAAUUGGCAGUUACAAUAACAGCAUUUGUGAGACUAUCCAGAGGACUUCCUGCUCAAUUGAAAGAAGAGUCAGCUAUGCCCAGUUUAAAUUAUCCAGCACUUCAGAAUCCAGGGGUUCCUUUCUGUCUAGGUUAAACUAUGUAUUUUUUGAAACAGGGUUCUCCUAACCAGGAUUUAAGCCCAACGUAAAAUCUGUUCUACCAGUUGGUAAGAAUGAGUGUUGGUUUGCAACGCUUCACGUACAAGGAGCUUUGGAAAUUUCGUUUCUGGAACGGAGCUCUUUGGGGUUGAUCUAAACCUUAUUAAUUAGGGCCAAUCUGGGUAAACUUCUACAUCUUCCAUUUCUAAAUGCAUUAAUCCUCAGUCAUUAAGUCCUAAAUUUCAGGAUCCUAUUAAGCUUCAGGGACCCCACUUCUGAAACGUAUUCUCUCCUCCUCUGACUUGGUUAUGAUUUCUGAUUUAAAGAAAGCAGGAGGGGGAUCAUUGGAGAAGUUUCACAUUCUUCCUUUCUUUAUGAUGAUGGCGUAUAUUUUUGCAAAAACAAAUUAAUACGGUACCAAUUUUUGGAAGUCCCCCCCCCCCCCAGUUUGGUAGUUUUGGAAAUUGUCAACUAAGAGGCUACAAGAAGCAGCAGUGUGCCCCUAGUGGCAGUUUUUCCCUUUUUUGGUUUUUACCAGUCUUCCUCUUUUUUCCUGAGUUGUAGAGGAAUGAUUACAGUGGCAGCAGAGGUAACCCAAUAAGAGUAACUUGCAAGUAAGAGUUGGCUGUUUCUUCCCUUCCUAUUAUAGUAUUACUUGGCAAAACUGCUAAUACAACUUCUUUUCACAACCAAAAUACCAGCUACAGUAGACCAAAUAGUUGUGUACACUCCAAAGGAUUAAUGUAGUACUCCCAAUAUAAACAGAUAUAGCUGAUCUUACACAGUAGUAGUGAACACUACCUCAGUUAGGAUAAAGUAAGAAGGCCUUUACAUUGGUAACUCUAGGGGGAGUUAAUUCAUUAACUCUGUUUUGCAUUUUUGCUUUCAAAGCAAAAGUAGAUGAUUUUUUUUAAAAAAUUGAUCUGUUUAACAAAAUGAAAUUUCCAGAUGGUUAACCUUUCUGAUUACAGCUUUUAGAGAAAAGAUGUUACUUGUUAAUUUUCCAUAUUAAUGUUUAAACUUACACAUCAGUGCCUAGUCAUCCAAAAUCUGUUACCGCUGGCUUUUUUACAUGCCAAGAAUUCUGACUUCCAUCCUGAAUAUGGCUCCAGAAGGCCACCCAUAGCUGCAGGGGCAACAACAUCACCAACAAAACUGCAAAGUCUAUCAAGUGAAUUUUUCAAGUACAUUUUUGGGAUGGGGGUGGGGGACAGAUUUCAAUAUGUAUAGUGGAUGUAACAAUGUCAGUACUGAAUGUUCCAUAUGAUACAUGUUCUAUGCUUAGUUUAAUUUGUUAAUUGAUGUGGCAGACUGUAUUCGGCAGCCUAACAUUGUGAAUUUGUGUUUUGAAUUGAGAGUAUCCAUUGGCCAGUUGCUAGCAUAUCCUUAGAUCAUAUGUGGCCAAUGUUUGACCCAUCAAGCCAUAGCCAGCAGAACAGCCCUGUAUUGUGAUCUGCAAGGUGUUUCACAACCUCCUGUGUUUUGACAGUCCCAAACAGGCAGAAAAAUCAGAAGGCUUACUGAGCCCCCACUUGGCUACUGUACAUAUCUGGUGGGCUGCAUCUGGUUUGGAGGAUCAAUAGUUGCGCAAACCAGCAUUAAGUGCUUCCUCAGGAAAUAUACCAUGAAAAGGUUAAUACAAUGCCACACAGGGAACUCUACGCCAGCAUUACGGUUUGAAUUAUAUGGGCUGUGCCCCUCCAACUAUGGGCCCCUGUUGCUUUUGCAGAUGGGUGGUGACUGUGAUUUGGCUUAAGGUAAAUUUGACUUCUGGGAGAUCAGAGAUGCUGCAUCAGUGCAGCCAAUCCCUGCAGAAGUCUUUGUGUGAAUGAUCUGACAGGGUGAGGCACAUUACAAAAGAAUCUUAGUGCUGCAGAAUCAACCCUUACAGCGCAUGACUGUGUCUUGGGGGCCUGUUCAGAUGUCAUAUCUCUCUUUCACUCACUGUCAUGUGCACGAACACAUUCUCACUCUCCUCACUGCAGUAAAAGUUGAACAGAGGUUGUUUAAACAUGGAAUCUUAAAGAGAUCUCAGAGUUCUCCACGUCUUUUUUUGGGGGGAGGGGGGAAUGCAAUAUCCCAAAAAACUGCAUAUGAGAGAAUAUUUAUAAUUGAUAGCCUUUUCUGCCUUCAUUCGGUGCAUUCCAAUAUAACUGUAUGAAUUCUUGUGAGAGAAAAAUUAAUGAUUAAAUAGAUACUGGCUAUGAUGCAAACUGUUAGAUGGGUACUUCAAGAAAGAUAGGUAAAGAAAACCUUUAGGUCUUACUAAUUCUCUACAUCUUUAAGAGGUCUGAUAAUUAGGUAAUGAAUUGUUAGUACCUAGCAAUAUAGGCUUGGAUCCCAAGUUGCUCCUAGGCUCACAUAAGCGGGGUGACUUCUGUCAACUCCUCCAUCUACCAAUGGCUGCCUCUUUUUGUGAAUGUGAACUCUGUUCUGUUCACAGAAGGGAUGGUUAGGAUCCAAGUCAUAUUGUCAAACUUUUGACAAAGGGCCAUACAGUCCUGAAAAAAAAGCGUUAAAAAACCAUUUUUAUAUAUCUUGCUGUUUAGGCUGCUGCUAAAUACACCAUUCAGUAUUCUAGCAAAUACGUUGGCACAUUCAGAACUUGCUUUCUCAAACACACUCUAGAAUACUUGCAGGGCAACAGAAUGUCCUACAGUAAUGCUUUAAAUAGCAGUAUAAGGAAGAAAUAUUUUUCUGGAAGCGUUUUGAUGACAACCCGAGAAACCAGAAUCAGUUGCUUGUGUUGCCAGCAGCAGUCUUCAGAUUUGCAAAGUCAAUGCCUCACUUGUGAAAUGAAUGUAAGUUUCAGAUCAAAAGGGUGUGAUCUGACCCAAAGGGAGGCACUUUGAAGACUUAGAAGUGCUUAGCUUUGGCUGAAUCUUACCUUAAAUGUGUUGAUCCUUUUUUAAUGGGAAAAGAAACUGUUUUUCUAAGGUUGCCUUCUGUAAUAAUCCUUAUUAUUGUACCCUUCUGGUGGCCUCUUGUACAGAAAAAUUAACGCUGUAGAUGAGUAUGUAUUUUCCAAUUACCCUUCCUCACUAUUAUGUGAUGGCUCGAGGUAUGCCUAGUGGUGAUGGGAACAUGGUAGAAUCCAUGUUAGAAAUUUUCAUGUUCUAGAAAUGGAAAUAGCUCCAUCUUUUAUUUAGAUCUAUCUUCUUAAAUCUCCAGAUUUGCUACAUAUUUUGUUAAUUUUAAAUUUUCAGUCAAAGUGGUUUUUCUUUGGACUUUUUUUUUGUGAAAUAGGCAGAUAGCAAUGCCACAGCAUGCAGAAAUUGCACUUUUUUUUGCUUUGACCUGCUUGUAAAAUAGACACUAUUUAAUUUGAGGGGAAAAUGUAAUUUAUGCCAAAAAAAAUAAAAAGAGAAAACUUGCCAUUUUGCCACUGCAUAGGUUAGAUUAGCACAAAAUGCAAGAACUUUGAGGGGAGGGGGCGAUAUUUUGUUAGUGUAAUUGGCAGGGGGAGGCGAGAGAUGUGCUUCAGUAGUGGCUGCCAAUAGCCCAAGCUGUGUGUGAUGUUAGAUUAUGUAAAUUAGUCAUUUUGAGGAGGGGAAGAGUAUGAAAAACUUCAAAACUUAUUGUCCCUGCCCCAUGUGGUCAUGUUUUCCUUUUUUUCAUUAUUUUUAGUUGACAAGCUGCUACAUAUUUGGAAGUUUAUGUUGUUUGUAGGUCACUGAAUGGACAUUGAAAUCUGAUUUAUAUUGUAUACCUGUAACAUAGAAAGAAAAAAAAUAUUUAUAUAUUUUCUGUAUGAAUAUUUCAUUGAGCUAUGUAUAAUUUUGAAGAGGCUUUGUCCUAAAAUGGAUCUGCCCACCUUGAUUCUUUUUCCUAUUUUUGUUUUGGAUUUUUGUUUUGUAUAGUGUGUACAGUUCACAUCUAUGAACAUGAAAAGUCUCCUGAAGCAUUAUCUUAUCAAAGGGAUGCAUUGUUAAUAAAAUGGACUUAAUACUGUC